UUCACGUGUAGCCGAUGACGUAGAAUCAUAGCUGAAGCGCUUUCUUCAUGCUGUUCACACAUGGAGAGCUAAACAUGGAGAAUUCAAGUACAGAAAACGCAACUUACAGCCAGGAUCAAGAUGAGACCAAAUCUAAAAAAGACGAAAUGGAACUGGAUAUCAAGACUGAAAACACAGAUGUGUUAAUUGGACCUACAGAUGAACCAUGCACCAGUGAACAGAGAGACGAUCAGAUCUCCAGCAUUCAGCCUGAACAAUCUAGCAAAGAGAAUUCAGAACAUCAACUUGUAAAAGAAGAAGAUUUUACCAGUGAUCAUGCUGGACUCACAGGAGAAGAUCAGAGCUCCGGUGGUCAACCUGCACUAAUAAGAGAUGCUUUAACCAGUGAUCAGUCUGGACGGGCAGAUCAGAGCUCCAAUAUUAAGUCUGAACCAAUCGAUGAACAGAUCUGUAGUGUUCAGUCUGGUCCAGCAGAGAUGCAAUAUGGGACUGUGGUCAGUCCACAGUCUGGCACUGGAUCGUUGGCAUUGCUGAGCAUGCAGUACAGAGGAAACAGCUCGGAUGACAACUGUUCUGACAGUGACUCAGACUCUUCAUCCUCCACAUCCUCAUCUUCAUCCUCCUCUUCGUCUUCCUCCUCUGAGCCUUUUGAGGUAGUGAUUAUGCCGAAUAAAGCAGAAGAUGAUGAUGAUGAUGAAGGUUUUGCCGGGGGCAAUAAAAAGUCAGCACCGGUCAAAACACAAGAUGAGCUGCUUAUUGAUGACCUUCCUGCAGUGGAAAACUUGAUCAUCAGCCUUCCAGAAGAUACAGAAAUGGAGCCCAUCGGCACAAUAUCAAGCAUCGUGGAUCAAUUAGUGAUCGUGGAGUCAUACAAGAACUUACCACCACUGAAUGAAGAAAGUGUGUUGUUCAGCAAAAACAGAAACUCUGUCGGCAAGGUCUUUGAAAUAUUCGGGCCGGUUUGUCAGCCCUUUUAUGUUUUACGGUUCAACUCCCAUGACGACAUUGAACAGAAAGACCUUAAAGUUCGAGACCCGGUGUACUUCGCCCCUAAGCUUAAAGAUUUCACAGACUACAUCUUCACAGACAAACUCAAGACGCUCAAAGGCUCAGAUGCUUCCUGGAAAAAUGACCAGGAACCUCCCCCUGAGGCGCUUGACUUUAGUGAUGAUGAGCAAGAGAGGCUGGCUAAACAGAAGCUGAAAGAGCAAAAGAGGCGCCAACAAAACGACUCAGACUCAGAGGAUGAAUCAGACGCCCAAAAAAUGCCUCAAAAAGCUGCCCGGAGGAAGCCCAGACAGAACCGCAACCACCCUCGCGGGCAGUACCACAAUCGCGGCGGCGGUUUCCACAGCAACUUCCACGCUCACCCUCGGUUCCCACCUGAAUACAUGCUUCCUCAUCCGGAUCCACAGAUGUUUCCCUAUCAGGGCCCGAUGGUCCCUCAUUUUCCCAGACCAUCACCCUAUCACAUGGGCAUGGCCCCGUGGCCCCCAGGGCCCAAUCAGGGGUUUAUGUUCCAGCCCCCACCUCCGCCUCCACCACCUCCUUAUCAGUAAACCUGUGACUGAAUCACUGUCUGUGCCCUAAAUGCAAUCACAAUCUUUGUAUACUAAUGUAUCUGUAUACAAGUGUAUAGUGUGGAUCAAUCGUAACUGUAUAUUUUCAUGGUGCACUUUUUAAAAUGUAUUAAAAAUGAUUAAUUUCUCAUUUUUAGUGUCUCUUUCUACACGCAGAUCUGUUUAAAUGAUGAUUAUGUUACAGUGAAAUUUAAUAAACUGUAUUUUUCAUUAA